AACACCAAAAAAAUUUGUUAAUAACGUUUGUGUGUUUUUUAUUGAAUGGUUUUGGAUACUUUUAUACCUCACGUUCUUAUAAUAAUUUUUUGACUGCCGGAAAUUCUCGAAUUAUUUACUGAAAGCAGCGAACUGUAAUCUUGCAAUAUUGAAAUGGGCGUGCCUGGCAUCUACUAACAAAUCUCUUGCAUUUUUAAAAUUUUUGACUUUUGAGUGGUGCUACUAUCCAAUUUCUGGAAUUAGUAGAUAUCAUCAUGCCUUAUUUGAAUGGUGAACCUUUCGUUAAACGGCAACCACCAAGUGAUCUUUCAUUAGACGAAGAGUUAUUUUUCCUGCCCACUACAUUAGAAGUUUUUCGUGACUACGAUGACUACUUCGAACGUACAAUUCUCGUAAAUAGUCUAACAUGGACUUGUUCAGUGUGUAAUAGAGGACCUUCCACCUACAAAGAAGCACUGGCUUGUGAGCGUGGAGACUAUCGGCAAUUGAACGCCUUUGAUAAUGCUCUGGCUUCUGCAUUGCUGUAUAUUAUUGGAGGUGCACGGAAGCGGAGGCUCCCAGAACUUGUUGAACUAAUAUGUGGGUUUGCAAGUAGUCGAUUUUUUGUUGGUGAGGAGAUUGAAUUUCAGACUGCAGAUUCGAAUGUUCGGUCUCUUGGUAUUAUUGAUCGUGUGGUCGUGUCACAGAAAAAAAGCCAGUUUGAGCAUAGUGGUUCAUUGAUGGAUCCAGAUGUUCAGAAGCCUGCCUUUCCUGAUGCAUUGAAACUUCACUACUGUGUAAGGGAGCAUAAAAAGUCUGAUAAUGUAAACCGUAUCGCCUCAAGUGUUUUGGUACCUGGAUCUAUUAUUAAUCGUCGCAGUCGUAACGUACUGGCUAGGGAUCACAUUAAGUUCUUCAUUCGUCAUACGUGCGAAUUAAGAAACGGUGUUUUCACACCCAAAGUUUCGAUUAUGCAACGUUACAAGUUACAUCCGUAUGGACCUGUGACAUGGGCUAAGCUAUUUCUGCCACCAGAACCUUGUUGGUCUGAACUGACACCUGCUCCUCCAUCCUCAAUAAUUCGAACUGUGAGCAAUCUAUCGAAGGAAUCCAGUCGCCCUAUAUGCCAAGGUUUUAAAGUUAUCGAUACCUAUACAGAUGAAUGGUCUAGUCGAGGUCAAACGAAACCUCCAAAUGUUCCAUGUUCCAUUGCUAUUAAUCAUAACAUGGCUUCAUCAGGAGGAACAACCCGUGUACAGUAUUUUGAACCCCUCGGUUUUCAGUCGCAAAAAGUUCUUUAUCAACAAACACAUACACUAAUGGGUGGUACACAUGCAAUGAAUGGUCCCUAUAAUCAGUCAUUACCACAACCAGUUUUUGAUAUUUCACGUUCUUUAAAAGUUGAAAAAACUGAAUUAGAAAAGGAGUGGAGUAUGGUGCGUCGUCGUGAUGAUUUGGAAUUAUCGGAUUUAGUGCCAUUACCAGAAUUCUCUAAGUUUCCUUCUUCACUUUCUCCGGAUGAUAUUGGCUCAGCUCUACAGUUACUAGAGUUUCUGCAUGUAUUUGGUCCACACAUUGGGCUUGUUAUCCCACAAAUAGGUAAAUGUACAGAAGCGAAUGGUACGAAUUUAUCCCGUUCUAAUUCUUCACUUACAUUAUCUACUUUGGAAAGUAGCCUUUUGGAAUCGGAUCCGUGUGGUCCUUUAGCCGAUUUCUUUAUAAGUAUGCUGUCUACUAUACGUAGGUUAGAACUGGACGCCAACUCUCGUCAACCAACUCCAAAUGCUUCGGCAGCAACAAUUGCUGCAGCGUCGGCUGUUGCUGCCGCUGAAGCUGGUUUUUCUGUGAAUACACAAGUCUCUCAUGUUUCUGGAAUUGGAAUUGAUAAUAAUUCACUGUAUGAUGAGGAUGCAGUCGGUCCUGAAGACAGUGCUGUCUUCCGAGUGCUACGAGAUGCUGGAGCUUCAACUCGUUUAUGUGAACUUAUUGGUAUACCAACCCAAGCAGCCACCAUUGCUGCCGGUAAAGCUGCUGUGGCUGCUUCUGUUGCGUUAAACACAAGUGGAACUGCUGCAAAAGAGGAUUCAUCAGGGAUUUCAUCUUCAGUAUUUCCAAAUGCAAUUAACCGAAGUUCUGUUACACGUGCUGCAACAACGGCAGUCAUUGCUGGGGCUACAUCUUUACCACCGCUGGAUCGUGCUGGUCUUUCUGAAGCACUUUGGUUACACAUAACUAGUGCAGCUGCAAAAGGUGGGGGCUGGCGUGGUCAGAUUUGGGGAGGUACUCGACUUCUGGAUGACCCUUCUGUUAUGCUGGCCAGAAACAAUUCAGCUUUAGUUGAAAAGCUUAAAAAAGUAUCGGUUUAUGAACUAACUCCACAUGAAAAGUUGAUCCUGCUUACCACUUUGAUGGAUGAGCUUUUACUUCAACCUCAGAUUCGAGAACGUAUGGAAGAUAGUUACGAACGUGUGCGUUUGUUACGCAGUCAGUUGCGCACUAUACAAGCUGAUAGAACUGUAUUGAUUAACUCUGGUACUGGAAUUGAGGAAGAACAAGAUGUUUUGACACAUAUGAAGAAAGUAAACUCUACAAAUGAUGGCCGUGUUCAUUUCGCUCCUGUUGGUCUUAAAGGACGCUUGGGCAGAGGAAGAGGUCGUCCAGUGGGUUCUGGUCGUACACUAAACCGCAAAAAUACGCAACUAGAUUCGACAGUCGCUCCUUUGGAGAAAUUUUUGUCAGAUGAGGAUUAUACGUUAAUCAAUAGAAAGGAACAUCGACCCAAUUCAGAUACUGGAACAACAGCUUCUUGUAUCUCUUCCUCAUCUACAGCUAAUAUAUAUGAAAAAUUGACAGAUUCAUUAUUGGAGGAACAAAAGUUACUAGACUCUAUUACUCAGGUUUCGCGUGGUUGCUCAAUGAUACCUCUCGGUCAAGACAGAUUUUAUCGACAAUAUUGGCUAGUAAUGUCUGUACCAUGCAUACUGAUUGAGGAUUGCUCAUGUGUUGAUAAAAAUCCUUAUUAUACUAAUUCUACAAUUCGAAAUCGUCAAGUUGUAUAUACGUAUCCUGAACUUGCUAAACAAAUGGGUCUUAAUAGCUCUGAGGACGCUGGUAGACAUUUACGGGAAAUAAUCAAUUCUAUUAAGGAUAAUGAAUUGUUAGAUAGAGAAGAAAUAACAUUUCGUGUUGCCGCUUAUCUACCACAUCAGUCUUUAUCAUCAUCCUCAUCGUCAUCAUCAUUAUCAGGUUUAUCAGUUGAACAACUGAGAACUCUUGUUAAACCGGAACGUGUUAGUGUCCAUGACUCUUCUCUUCAUAAUGCUUGUCCUUCAGUUAAACAAUUAGCUAAGCUACGAUGUAAUUCAGGGAAGUCAUCUUUGUCCACAACUGUCUGGUCGAUUCUCAUACCCGAUAAGUACAGGGAAUUGUAUCAAAAAAAGAUGCUUGAUUCAAAUAAUCAAACUAUCGUUUCUGAUUCAAACGCAGAAGUUGUUUCAUCUUUCUCCAUACGUGAUUGUUCUGAUAUUUCUGUAAAAUUAGCAGAGUCUUAUAAUAACGUCAAUAACAAUUCUAGUGAUGAUAAUGAAUCAAAAUAUAAGUCAGAUGUUUCUGAUGAUAACAAAAAUUGGUCUUUGACAAAUGAUGAACUUGAUUUAAUGAUUGAACAAGCCAAAUGGACUAUUGAUUGUCUAGAAGCUUCAUUAAACCCUCGCGGUAUCCGUGAGUCUCGUCUUCGUAAAACGAUUGGUCAAUUACGGCCUUUACUUAUUAAGGUACUUACCAUGUGUCCACCCGAAAUAAUUUGUGCAACGAACGAUAACUGUUCAACAGUAGUUGACAAGACAGCAAUUAGUACUCAAAUUACACCUGUAUCACUCGAACAUGUUACUACCACUCCAGGAAAAUAUAGUUAUUCAGGUAGUAAAUCAACUCAUGCAGUCAUGUGUUCGUGGUUGGAAAUCGCUCUUGUUGGUAUAGGAUAUCGUCUUGGUCGUUUGGAUUUGAUUAAACGUCUUUUGUUCAAUAAAAGCGGUAGUCUCACGGAAAAUUCAUCAAACACUGAAACCGAACUAUGUAAACAAGAUCUUAAUAAAUCUCUUCAAAACAAGGCUUCUAGUGAAGUGGAGAAUGAUGAGACUGUCUCUGUAUCAGUUGAAGAUUGUACUGACAGUUCUAUCAAACUUUCUGAGGUUUUAAAAACUUCACUAAAUUGUAGUCCUGUUCAUCCGGAUGUAAAGCGUCUUUCAAAAAUAAUUUUAUCACUGGGCCAUGAUGUUAGUCCGAAAGGAGUUGCUGGACCACUGGCAAACGAUGAAAGGACUUUGCGCAGUGAACCUAUUAAUAUGUCAAUCAACAAACAAUCAACGGAUUUAGAAAAUAUAUUUUCAGAAAAUACUGUACCAUCUGAAGUACAUGAUUCAAAUGUUACAGCUAAUUCCAAUAUGACACAAUCAUUUAGAACUACUGGUUGGCAAAGAUGGUGUGUUAAUGUUGAACAGGCUAGUUCUACAUCACAAUUACAUUUAUUAGCACGUGCUCUUGAACGUGGAGCUCAUCGUGCUACCUUAGGUGGUAGAGGUGUGUCGUCUGCAAUUGCUAAUUAUGUCUCACAGCAUCCUUUACCCGCUCUAAAAUGUACUUCAUGUCGGGGUCCUCCAGAUGUUUUGACUGUAUCAACUGGAUCCGGCAAUCUGUCUGCAUUUUCUGUUUGUUCUGGUUGUGCUUGCCCCUAUCACCUAGAUUGUCUCCUUUCUUCAAACACUCGACGAACUACUACCCGACGAUCUCGAACUAAACAAUUUGAAAUUUCAGAUUCGAGUAGUCCAAAUAACGUUGAUUCAUCGUUUACUGGGUUUCUGAGCAAUUAUUCCUCUUUAUCCAGUGUUACAUCUGCUCGUCUUGAAGUGUUAGGUGGUAGUCUUAUAUUGUGUGCAUUUUGUCUUCGUUCAGCCGAGGCGUUAUUGUCAGGAGCAGAUAAUUCUACAGGGCUUUUACAGUCGAACAAUGAAGCAUUUGAAUUAUCUACUACAUUAGUGUAUACAAACGAAGAUUAUCUGGGUACUAGUGAAAAUAUUUCACUCCAAAAGAAGACAAAUCGAGUUGGAAGAAAACGUCGUUCUGUUGUUUUUGAUGAAUCUGAUGAUCCUACGUCAUACGAUGGGAAUUCAGAUGAGAAAACUGAUAAUCCCCUUGAGAAUAUGGAGGAGGUCGAUCCUGAUGAAUCGACCGGAAAUCAGCAUACAGAAACAGGACACACAAAUAAUGUGCAUGUAACUAGACGUCGUGGAAGACCUGCUCGUCUUCAUCGUGUAUAUAGUGGUCGUGGUCGUGGUCGUCGUUCAACGAAAUUUCUGUCAGAGAAAGUUAGUCAUUGUGAUAAAAGUGAUGAACCUAGCUUAGAAGCUACUUAUACAUCUCCCGCAUCAGUAGAUAUGUCAUCGAUCAGUAAAUUGUGUGUUACUGUAGAUGUUCAUUAUGACGAUGAAGUUGAACAGUUGCUCAGUCCUUUAGAUCAUCAAAGUAAAAAACUCAAAGGAGACUCCGGGUCUGUAAAUUCAGCUUUAAGAACAAACAAAUCGUGUCCAACUGUUCAACCUGCGGGAAAUUGUCGCUUAAAACGUGCAUCUAUUAUUUUAGAUAAUUGUGUUUCACAAAUUACGAGUACCAAUGAUAGAGGACGUCGUUCUAGUCGUGGUCGUCCUCGAAAAUCUGAAGUUACUCUACCCAACCCCUCACUCGAAAAUCCUGAUUCAGUCAAUCCUUUAUCGUGUAGUCGAGAGCAGUUUGAUCAAGCUACUGCUGAGUGUUUCCUAUCAGAACUAUGUACGGUUAGUUCAGCACGUCCCCUUCUCCGAUGUGGUCUUGGUCGAACUGUAGCUUUGAAUGAAUUAAAUCAAGCUAACGGUAAUUCAGAAGAUAGUUUCGUCGUUAAUUCCCUAUCUGAGCGUUCUCGAGCAAGUCAUCGAACACGCUCAGCAACAUCGGGUCAUUCUUCUGAGGAUCGUAGAUUAUAUGCUCUAGAUUUGGUCGGGUUACAAGAGAUUUUAGUUCGUGGAGAAUUACCUCAGGGACCAGGACAAGUAAUCCCUCAGCUGCGACUACUCCUAUCUCAUUGGCUGCGUAGCAAUCGUCCUGGUAGUCGUUUGCAUCAAUGUGCUUCAGAUUUACUAGAACAGAUGAAUAAAAAGUUGAAAGCAUUACAACAAUUGAAUAUCCCCACUGUUAAUGAUAAUAUCAUUAGCAGUAGCAAUAGCAACAGUAAUAAUACUGUUACUGAUUCUUUAAAUAACAGUAAUAAUAUUGACAGUGAAAAUCUAAGUCCUGUCAAUCACCACCAAUCACAACCAUUAUUCACUACUAGUCAUUGUGGAAAACGCAAACGGUAAUGAUGAUGAUUUUAUACUAAUUAAAAUCUGCGGUUCUACAUUUUUUGUGUAUAUUUAUUAUUGCUUUUUUUAUUCUCUACUAUUUAUUUUUGUACAGUAAAAUCACUCACUCUCUCUCUCUCUAUAUAUAUAUAAUGAAUAGAAAAUGAGUGUUUUCACUAUCCCUUUUCAUCUUCGCUCUCUAUAAUAAGUGUAUUGUUACUACUUUUCUAGUUCUCCUCUCUGAAUCACUUUUGAAAAGAAUAUCAAUUAAUGAACUCUUUCUUUUUUUCGAUUUGUAUAUGUUGAUCAUUUGUUUUUUUUAUGUGUAUGUGCGGUUUCGUUCCUUAUUAUUAUGUUCAUACUGUUAUUGAAAUUGUAAUAAAAUAUAGAAAUAAACCAGUUAUCAAUACACAUAAUUCCUUUCUUUACUUUUAAUCUAUCAGUUAAGUCAUUUUUAUAUGAUAUUCUCAUAAUGUAUAUAAAGGAUAAAGAGAUAUGUGUUUUUGAUUGUUUUGGAAGAGCUAACGUUUAAUUUUACUUCUUGUUUUAUAGCUAAUUAAAGUGUUUAUCCAGUAAAUAUUGGAAGAUUUUUAAAAGCUUUUUCAAGUAGUCGGGUAAAUUGUAUUAUUGUUUUCUAUCGUUCAAUAAACGUCAGCUGGAAGUCUUUAUUUAGGAAUUUUUAUUUACUCUUCAAGUUGGUGGAUUUAUAACUCGAUGAGAUUGUAUAGUGAAUAGUUUUCGUAACUAUUUUUGUUUAGUACAUUUUCUGUUAGUAAGUGUAGAAAAAAAGUUCUAAAUUCAAUUAGUUUAAAGUAUUAUCUUUAGAUAUAGUGUGAAACCAAUUUAAAGAAGACAGGUGAAUUAUCUGGGAGCAAACAAUAAGAUGUGAUAUGGUGUUUGUUUGUGCUGACCCUACUUACUUUCAUCCGUAUCUCAUCCUAUUUUGAAUCGUUGGUUAUAAUCAGACAGAAAAUAACUUACUUUAUACGUGCUAAUUUUCACCUUUCAUGCUGGUCCUAGUGUUUCCAUUGAAGCGAUAAUCUUAUCCUUAUUAUUAACCGCAGAAUUUUGAAAAAAAUUACCGAGACAACUGGCUAAAAAAACAUGAGUUUUUCAUUACAGUUGUUUGUGAAUUGGUUGUAUUUUCACUCACUAUCAAGAGUCUGAGUUCCAUCCGUGCUGAAUAUAUAUAUUCUGUUUUGUUUAUUGAUUACCAUUUAAGUUUUUAAAGUAUUCUAUGGAAACUAAUAAUCUUCGGAUUUCUUUCGAGAACUUGAAAAUUCGAAAUAUGAUCAUCUGUUAAUUGUUUAUAACUUAGUCGUUAUAUUCCAUUUGUAAAAGUUUGGAAUUUACCAAUCCUAGUGUUAGACACUGCAGUUUUUCAGUCUAUUUUUGACAGAUCGGCCUCUUUGUAUUGUCAUCUAGUCACAAGUAUCUUCGUUUUUUCAUAUGUUCGUUAUAAUACCUAAAGAUAGUAAGUAGCCUGUGUUGUGUCCAAAUAUUUUACAUGGGUAUCAUGAUGUGGUAUUCUUUUGUCAAAUCAGUUGAUUUAUUGUAUUCGUAUUAUCUAACCUCUGACUUCAUUGCAUUGGUUCUUUAUUAUGGUGUUAACCAUGCCUCACUUCCUUUAAAUCUUCUAAACAACGACCUGUGCAGACAGGUUAUUGAAAAUUUUCAGAUAUAAUCUAGUAAUGUGUGGAAUACUAUUCCCUAAGAGUUCGAUGAAUUUAAAACUUGAGUAUAUUAUUACAUAAAUUACACUACAUAAAAUCGUCUUUAUAUGCUAUAAUUGGCUUUCAGUAGUAUCGCUUUAUCGGUAGUUCAUUGUCUUUAGUUUUACCGAUAUUUCGAGAAUCGGAUUUCCAAUGUCCUGUUAAAUAAUCUAUAUAAAUAUAUGUAAGAAAUCUUUAGUUCUUUUUUGUAUUUAGGGUUUCCAGGGAUUUCAUUUUCAAGGAUUAACUCGAUAUCCUUCAUAAUUAAACUGUUGUUGAUUCAAUCGGAGGGUAUUUUUUAUUUUAUUUUAACACAUAGAUAUUGGCACAAGGAGGUACCAAAUACAUAUGCGCCACACAAAUCUCAUUUGAUAUAUGUGAGGGCUGUGAUACUGCCCGGGUGCCCAGACCGAAGCAGAUGGUUUUCUUAGGAGGCCACACCCCGAGCCUUUGACCUAAAGGUAUGAUCCACAAGGCAGUCGGGUAAUAUAAGGAGAUGCAAUCCCAUGGUAGCCGGUGACCAACGAUUGGUUCAUAUGACAUUUGUUUCUUUAGGAUACUGGAGCCAGCCUACGUGCACCAUUGGUUUGGGAUCCGGUUAAAGCGCCGGACAUUCGCUUUUCGUCCUCUCAUUUUCUUAAACAACACCCCUGCCACGUGAAGGCAGUGAGUAGGGCUUCCCUGUCAGAGGCUAUAUACUCGUGGCCAUGUGAGAGCUUUUCGAGGAGGAGAGCGGACUCGCCCCGAUCUCGACUGUACCAGGGCAUUUGGGGGCAUAUUCAUUUGAUAAAAGUAAUAUUAAGUGAGAGCUAUAGAUUGUGUGGAGUCUUUUCAGUGCUAUGGUUAUUUUGUCUGGCGAAAACCAGAUAACUUUCGAAAGCCAAGGAACUACAGAUUGUUGAUUUUUCUAGUGUGAAAGUGAUUAGCCUAUUAAAUCAGUGUUCAUACAUAUAAAUAACAACAUAGAUGUCUCAACUGAAAUAAAGAAAUGUUAUGUAACCAACUGAAAUAAUUUCGAAUCCAAUCGGUUGUAUAUUUUUUUUGUUUUGAAUGAAGAUUUAAUUGUGGAUAGCUUUUGUCAGUUAUUGACAUAAGCUGGUAAGCCAGUGAAUAGGAAGAAAACACAUGUUUACAAUUUCACCGUAGAGUAAACCUAAUAUCUGAAAUGAGAAAGCAGUUAGAAAUGUCAGAUUUCGUUAUCUUUAAGCCAUUAUUUCGUAAUCUUAUGAUACUGGACGAAAAAAGAACUUAAAUUUUUGACUGUAAACAUGUACAACUCACAUGAGAAUAAUCUUUGUUCUUGUAAAAACCUCACUAAUGAUAUGACAAUUAAAAAUAGUCAUGAAACUAUGUGUACUUUUAUAAACAUAACAAUAAUGAUUGUUGUCAUUCUUAUGGUUACAGGUAAUAACUAUUUCCCAGUAGAUGAUAAAAUUAAUUAUGUAGUAGUUUUUUCUCGGUAAUGUCUACCUGUCAUGAACCAAGGUACGAUAAAUUCUAAUCGUUGAUGAUCUUUGUUGUUUAAAUUAUUUUUUAAAACCUUUCAGGCUAUAAUUAAUAAUAAGACAAUUCAGUACAGUUAUAGUAUACACUAGUACACUUGUAUCGAAGGAAACUGCUUAAUUUUGAUUAAAUCUGAACCAUUGGUUAAAAAUAAACUAUCCAAUGAAAUUAAAAUUGUAACUACCAAUCACAUUCUAGUCGAAAUGUUUAACUCAAGUCUUUAUUAAGCCAAUGAUGAUGAAGAGUAAGUAUUAAUGAAGUUAGCAAAACAGUAUUACAAAAUCAAUUAAUUUCAAAGAGGUUUUGUUACAUUGGUGCAAAUUAAAAUUUCGUAACUCACUGAUGUUUUCAUUUCUUUAAAUACAUAAAUGUAUCAUAGAUACAAAUUAUUCACUAUGUACAAUAGUUUGACUAAAAAUCAGUCCCACCAAUUAUUUUUUUCGGCCAUAUGUAAACCAAAAAACUGAACCAUCAAACCUAUGUGUUGAUGUAGUUAGAUGUGAAUGCUCCCUAUUGUUUCCUAAAAGCCAACUGAAAAACAUCUCACAUCUGGUCACUUUAAAGUGUAAGUUGGUUAGUUGACGCGUUCUUGUGACAUGGAAAAAAUUAAAAAAAAGACUGUCUGAUCUAUAAUGAUUAUUAAAAUCUGAUACGUUGUAGACGAUAAACGUUUUACUUUAACAAAGUUUUCAUCCACAGUAAAUCAUAUGGUAAAAGAAAAUACAUUAACUACUAUACGCUUGUAUCCUUUUCACAGCUAAAUUAUUUAUCUUAAAUCAGGAUGAAUAUUUUUUUAUCAUAAUAGAAAUAUUUUUGAUUAAAGUAAGUAGGAAAAAAGUAACGGUAUAACAUGAAUUUAUUUGUUUCAAGAGUUCUCUACAGCUGCUUACAAACUAGAAAUAUUUAAUUAUUUGAAAUGUAAUACAAUGUGAGAAAAAGUAGAUUAAAAUUAGCUUUGAGAUGUAAAUGUUGAUCAAUAGAAGACAAUAAUUGUUAAAAAAGUUAAAAGGUUUGUUAAAAUAAUUGUCUGUUUCUAGGUUGAAUACUUUCGCUACUGGUUAAUAAUAUUAAAUCUCUUCAUAAUAGACUGAUAUAAUAGGCAAUACCUUAAUUGUUUAGAAUCUAAGUGACCUAUUGAAUUGAUUUACUCUCAUCAGUUAUGACAUGUACAUACAUUUUAAGAAGUAGUAGCUAUAACACGUAACUAUAGCUUCGGUUUAUAGCCGUUUAACUCUAUGGUGAUGUGGCUUCACUUUCGUAAAGUGAUUUUUAAUGAAAUAAUGUUAAGUAUAACUCAGUUCACCGUUUACCGAUAUAACUGUUAGGUUGUGUAAAUCUCUUGUAGCAUGUACCAGUUUUCCUGAUAGAGACUUUUCACGAUUAAAGGUCAAUAGCAAAUACUUAAUAGUGACCACUGGUUUUCAAAGGUGUCGCUUGUGCGAUCUACGAAGAAUGUAACUUACAAAUUCUAACCAUUAUCAAUACAAUCUAAAAGCCUUUUUUGAGAAGUAAUUUGAUUUCACGUAAUCAAUUAGUUUGUUUUUUAUCAAUGGAAUUUUGAUUAAGAUCGGUUGUUUCUAUCAAAAUUUUAUUUAGUUGAUGAUGCGAGCAAACAGGGAUCUUAACAAAAUGAAGUCAGAAGAACUGGAGAAUUAUAAAGCGUUUUCUUGUCCACAGAAAUGUGUGUCAUACCAAUUACUCUUAUGUCAAUAUUUCAUUCAGUAAAUUGAUAAACAGUCAAAACUUGUUUAACUAAGGAAUCGGUAUUAAUUGGAAAAUAGUUAAGUAACCAAAAAGAAUUUGAAUCAGUGUUUUGACUUAGUUCUUGUCUUCUUAGAUGUAGACAUAAUCAUUAGUUACUGUAAUUAAUAAUAUCAAAUGACAGAUGAGAAUUUUAAUACUCAUUCAUCUUAACUGAUACACAUUAUAAACUGAAAUUUAGCAAUUUAACAACUUAAUUUAUCCUUAAUUCGUUUUGUAAUGUUUGUUUAAAUGUUCCCAUUGACAUAUAGGACUGCAAUUGAUCAGUCUCUGAUUGGCAUAUGUGCAUCCUGUGCGGAGUGUCCUAAGUCAUAAGCAUUAUAUGCAGAGAUAGAUGGCGGCUAGCAAUGGAAUCAAAGACGCGAGUUUCGUCCUCUUUCGGAGUCUUCAGCUAGAUUAACCUUCAUCCCAGAGUUGAUGUUCACUCUGAGACUCGAUAUCCUUAAUUUAUUUGCAUUUUAUCAUUGGUAUGCUAAAAUGUAAAUGAAAUCUUUCAUAUGAAUGUUGAUGAUUAUAUUGUACAAAUUAGUUCAUUGCACGUUACUACAUUUUGCAUAAACCUGCUUUCCUUUUUUUAAAAUCUCUAUUGAUCUAAUGAAUUAGUUAUGUUUGUUAUAUACGUGCAUGAUGUUAUAUCUACUGAAUUCAUUUUCAAAAAUGUAUGCUUUCAUGAUAAUACUAACAUUUUAGUACUGUACGCUUUCAAAUUUGUUUGUUUACCUCACAUUUUUUUGUAUUUAAAAGUUAAUAAAAUUUAAACGAUAAGCU